AUGCCUUUCAGUUGGUUCUCAGCGACGGAAUCGAUCAAACGUGCUCAUAAUUUUAAGCGCCGGUAAACGAAGUGUUGAGCUGCAAUUUCGUAAACGGGCAGGAUCAGGAUACAAGCAAAGAUGAAAUUCCCCAACACGUUGGAUUAUAAUACAUACCGGGCGUAUUUUUGCUCCCGUCACUUGUCACGUGACAAGAACCGCCAAUUGGAUGCAAUCAAUCUCGACUGGGACAGAUGCAUUCCCGAAUCGCUCAAGACGUUAUGUUUGAACACUAUCGCCAGUAAUUGGUUGACGAUUCCAUUCUUCCGAGAGAUACCGCUAUGCGAAGAUAGGAACUUUUUAUUGGAUCUGCUGGAUUUGGAAUUCCCCCUGGAUAACCUAUGUUCUCGAAUAAGAAGUGAUGCGUUUUGGAAGCGUGCUUUUGUCAAUCGAUGGAAAACUCGUUUUCCCAUUCAUAUAGAGGGGAAACCCUGGAUCAGAGUGUAUCUGGAACAACAUAUCUCAGAGACAUUGGAGAAUAUGAAACCCAGUGAUUAUGACGAGGAAAGUUUUCUAAAACUAAUUGAUCUUUGUUCGUUACAUGUGAAAGAACUCAAACUCGAUCAACUACAGCCAUCAACGGGUGAAAGUGGAGACCAUAUACCACUAGAUGUUGCACUGUCUAAUUUGCGAGAGCUGCGAAAAGUUGAUAUUACUUACGACGUGAAAAAUGUGGGACAUAAUUUUUAUCUCGGUUGUGCAACUAUUACAGAAAAGGAUAUAAAACUGAUGACUCACGGUUUAGAGCGAUGCUACGAACUAACUGAGUUUCGGUUGCACAGUACCAAACUGGAACCAACAAUGAUGAAGAGGAUUGCGUUAGCAAUGGACAAAGGAUGCCCAAACUUGACUACUAUAGCAUUUCCCCAUUGUCGCUGUGGUGAUGUGGGGCUACGAGCAUUUUUGGAAGCAUUAUCACCAGAAUCGUUGCCGAAUAUUAAAUAUGUGAACCUUACAAAUAAUUUUCUGUCUUCCGAAAGUAUUUUUGACUUGGUUCACGUCAUCCGCCGGCGGCCAAUCGAACGACUGGAUCUACGCUUAAAUCCGAUCCUCACCGAGGGUGCAGUUAGUGUGUUGACCACGAUCUUUUACUUGCCACUGAAAGAACUCAACCUCAGCUGCUGCUCGAUCGAUGAAGGAAUCGAAGAAUAUCUGCUGAUGACGCUGCGUUUCAAUACAAGCGUGAAAUUUUUGGACUGUUCCUCUAAUCCACUGGGGCAGGCGACGGGCGAAAAGCUGGCGGCACGGGUCACCGAAAAUAAAAUUCUGCAGCGGUUUGAUCUGCGGAAUACCGAUAUUUCGUCGGAGGUGCGCGCGGUCAUCGAUGAGCUGGUCAUGGAGAACCGAGAUCAGCACAGCUUGAGCGAUUGGUGAACGAAUGGAUACCUAAAUCGUAUUACGUGUACAAUUGUGCGGGUGAGAAUCUCAUCGAACGAUAAAUUAAAAAUACCAAAUGAAAUUAGUGUGAUGUUGGUUUGUACAGAAUAUGUUAUUAAAACGCUUAUUUCAUCUGAGGAUUCAAUUCGAACAUUGGAUAAUUAAGAAAGCCCCGGAGAAAUUAUUUAAAUGUAAUAGAUCCUUAUGGUUAAAACCUUAAUAAACAAG